GCACCGAAUUCCGUUUUCUCAGUAUUCUUUUGACUGCACAUCCGGAACUGCAUCGCGCUUUUCGACAACGAGACCGAGCGCAAAUAUAGCGACUUCAGUUUAUCGUCGGAUUUGCGCAGAAAGCCUCGCAACAUAAUAUUCGGACGCAAAUUGAAGAAGAGGUGUCCCGCAAAGAGGAAAAAAUUGAUAACAAAAGGAAAUAAUAGGACAUAUACAUUAACGAUAAUUUUCUGGAACGAGAUCCAAGUGCAAGAGACCAUCAUCAAAAGAUAAAAUAAUCUGUGUAAAAUAAUACAAAAUAAUCGAAUCGCAGCGGUACAUUUCAUCCCGUUCAAAUGAAGUUCGAAUUGGAGAGAUCUUCAUACUUGAAAAAUAUAAGAAGAUAUAAUGAACAGAAAUGAUAAAACAUAACAAUUAGACGACAGCUUUUCGUUGACAAGUCACAAAGAUUGAAAAAUAUAACAAGAUAUAGUAAUCCCACCACAAUAAAAUAAUUAAGCUUUAAAGUAAAAUAUAUAAUAAUUGAUCGAGAGACAACGAGUUUAAGUUUAGAAUUCGAGGUGAACGUUUUGUGAAGUUAAUACAAGUUGUGACAAAUUAUUAAAAGAAUCUGACGGUGAUAAUAUCGGACAACAUGCUUAGCGGAUACGAGGCACAAACAGAGUAUUAUCCGCAAUGGCAUCAACCGUAUAAUUAUGUCACUCAACUUCCCUACGGGCCUCUUGGCUCGGUUCCCGAUAAUGACAGUCAAUACUGGGGGGGCGCGGAUUCUGGUAUUUCGGGCGGUAGUUCAGGGGCCGGCAGUCCUACCGCAUCAACACCACCCCUUAUUGAAGAGAUUGGCGUUCAAGAAUCAAGUUACUCACCUCUGCAGCAAUACGUGCAUCCUUCAGCCGGACAGCAUUACACUAACUUAUCAUACCUCCAAGGGCAACAGGAAACGUCACUGCACCAUCAUCACCAUCAUUCACACCAUCACCAUCAUCAACAUCAACCUAGUUAUCGACGUGAGCAUGAGUUUGUGAGCGCUCAGAUAAGCCAGCAGGUUGUCGGCGGUACUCUUCAGCAUCUUCAUCAGGGUAUUCGCGAGAGUGGUGUUGCACCCAGGCCGAAGAGACGAAACACUGCGAACAAGAAGGAAAGACGAAGAACUCAAUCCAUCAAUAAUGCUUUUUCUGAUCUCAGGGAAUGCAUUCCUAACGUGCCCUCGGAUACAAAAUUAUCAAAGAUCAAAACUUUAAGAUUAGCCGCAUCCUACAUUGGAUAUUUGAUGGCAGUACUGGAAAGUGACGAAGGAGAAGAACCUCAGACCUUUCGCGCGGAGAUCCUUUCGAGUGGUAGAAGGAAUAAAGCGACUCAACCUAAUCAAAAUGAAUCGUGUUUGCAAUCUGCCUCAAAUCUCAGCCAUGAAGAACCGACGAAGAGCAAAGGACGGACGGGUUGGCCGCAGCACAUGUGGGCCCUUGAAUUGAAGCAAGAAUCACCGACCAACCAAAUGCAAUAAAAUACACCGGAGACAUCACUGUCAAAACAUAUCCGUGAUAUU